UACUUCUUUGAUGUAAGAUAUACAUUCCAAAACUGACCUCGUAUAUAUUAAAAGGCUCUAAGUUUGAAACUGUAAAUGAAUGCUUUCAAUUAUAUGUUAUAUCCCAAAGCUGUAUAUUAGAAAAUACAAGCAUUAUUCUUGCCAAAUAAAAAAAUCAACCCAGGCCCACAUAACUCUAUUAAUGAAAUAAUUUUCUGGUAAUUGAACAUUGGGAAGACUUACAAUUCUUUCCCUUGGAUGUUGGAGAGAAGGAAUCCAUUUGUUCUUUAAUAAAGCAUCUCUACAUUCUAUAGAAAUGCUUUAUUAACUCAGUGGUUGGAAUAUUGCAUUGUCUACUCAUUUGUAACUCUGUAGUGUGUAUGUUGAAAAAUGUGUGCAUGUGAAACAUUCGCCGUGCUAUCUUUGAAAUUUUGCCCCUCAACGCAAAUGUUGAUUACACUACCUUAUUUAGUCAUUGACAUCAGCAGCAUUACAUACCCAAUACCAUGAAUGAAAAUUCAUUUUUGUAUUUAGUUUCAUAUAGUACCUCAGUAAUUUAUUUACACACACAAAAGUAACUUGAAAAAAGUUAGUGAUUCACAUGAUAUAACUUAAUCCACAUGUCUUGGAGAAUUUUGUCUCCUCUUAAAUCUGAACCUGUAAGGCCCAGUGAAACCGCGCGGUGGCGCUGCAGGUUAAGAAGACAGAGCACAGGAAUUGCUUCUGCAAUCGCCUUCUCAGGGCUAGUUUCUCACCACCUAGAAGCAAAAGCUAUGCUCUUCCGGCAAAGCAAACGCGCGUGCAAACCUUAAACAUUCUGUUUGGAGGCUUGAUUCUGACGUUCUGGACUGUGAGACAGCGCUGUUAGGUUCCUGGACAUACGUGAAGCUACUGUGGAGCAAACAGAGAAGAGGAAGGAGCCAUGGGGACUGCACGGAUGCACAAACUGAGACAAAGGCAAGUCCUGGCUUUCUUUGUUUUGCUGAGUGUGUCUGAGGCAGGCAGGGAGCUGGGUCCCUAUUCCAUAGAGGAAGAGAUGGACAAGGGCUCCUUUGUGGCAAAUCUUGGGAAAGAUCUGGGUGUGGAACUGGCAGAGAUAUCCACCCGCAGGGCUCGUAUCAUUUCCCGGGAAAACAGAGAGCACCUGCAGCUCAAUGUUCAGUCUGGAGAUUUGCUCGUAACUGAGAAGCUAGAUCGAGAGGAGCUAUGUGGCUCCACUGAGCCUUGUGUUCUGCACUUCCAAGUGUUAAUGGAAAACCCUUUGGAGGUAUUUCAGGCUGAACUGAGGGUGAAGGACAUAAAUGACCAUUCUCCAGUGUUCACUGAAAAAGAAAUGAUGCUGAGAAUACCAGAAAACAGCCCUCUGGGAAACACAUUCCCUUUAAAUAAUGCUCUGGACUCAGACGUAGAAAUUAACAAUAUUCAGAGCUAUCAAGUCAGCUCGAACUCUCAUUUCCUGGUUGUAACCCGCAACCGCAGUGACGGCAGGAAGUACCCAGAGCUGGUGCUGGAGAAAGAACUGGAUCGGGAGGAGGAGCCUGAGCUGAGGUUAACCCUGAUAGCCUUGGAUGGUGGCUCUCCUCCCCGGUCUGGGAUGGCGCGGGUUCUCAUUGAAGUAGUGGACACCAACGAUAAUGCACCCGAGUUUCAGCAGUCAACUUACCAAGUGCAAAUUCCGGAGAACCGCCCUCCUGGGUCCCUGGUCGUCACAGUCUCAGCCAAUGACUUAGACAUCGGAGAUUAUGGGAAAGUAUUGUACGCACUCUCCCAGCCUUCAGAAGAUAUCAGCAAGACAUUAGAAGUAAAUCCAGUAACGGGGGAAGUUCGGCUACGAAAAGAGGUAGAUUUUGAAACAAUUUCCUCUUAUGAAGUGGAUAUUAAGGCCACGGAUGGGGGAGGUCUCUCAGGAAAAUGCACGCUGCUCUUGCAGGUGGUGGAUGUGAACGACAACCCCCCAGAAGUGAUGCUAUCUGCACUUACCAGCCCAGUUCCAGAAAACUCCCCGGAUGAGGUAGUUGCUGUUUUCAGUGUUAGAGAUGCCGACUCAGGGAACAAUGGGAAGGUGAUUUCCUCCAUCCAGGAGGACCUUCCCUUUCUUCUGAAACCCUCAGGAAAGAACUUUUACACUUUAUUAACGAAGAGAGCGCUAGACAGAGAAGAAAAAGAGCAGUACAACAUCACCAUCACAGCCACCGACCUGGGCACACCCAGGCUCACAACCCAGCACACCAUAACAGUGCAGGUCUCUGACGUCAACGACAACGCCCCUGCCUUCACACAAAGCUCCUACACCCUGUUUGUCCACGAGAACAACAGCCCCGCCCUGCACAUAGGCACCAUCAGCGCCACAGACUCAGACUCAGGCUCCAAUGCCCACAUCACCUACUCGCUGCUGCCCACUCACGACCCACAGCUGGAUCUCGCCUCGCUCAUCUCCAUCAAUGCUGACAACGGGCAGCUGUUCGCGCUCAGGGCGCUGGACUAUGAGGCCCUGAAGACCUUAGAGUUCCAUGUGGGCGCCACAGACCAAGGCUUGCCUGCGCUCAGUAGCCAGGCGCUGGUGCACGUGCUGGUGCUGGACGCCAACGACAAUGCGCCCUUCGUGCUCUACCCGCUGCAGAACGCCUCUGCGCCCUACACAGAGCUGCUGCCCAGGGCGGCAGAGCCUGGUUACCUGGUCACCAAGGUGGUGGCUGUGGACCGCGACUCUGGCCAGAAUGCCUGGCUGUCGUUCCAGCUGCUGAAGGCCACGGAGCCAGGGCUGUUCAGCGUGUGGGCUCACAAUGGCGAGGUGCGCACCUCCAGGAUGCUGAGUGAGCGCGAUUCGCCCAAGCACAGGCUGCUGCUGCUGGUCAAGGACAAUGGCGAUCCUCCGCGGUCUGCCAGUGUCACUCUGCAAGUGCUGCUGGUGGAUGGCUUCUCUCAGCCCUUCCUGCCUCUGCCUGAGGUGGUGCGCGACCCUGCCCAGGAUGAGGAUGCGCUCACGCUGUACCUGGUCAUCGCCUUGGCGUCUGUGUCUUCGCUCUUCCUCUUGUCUGUGCUGCUGUUUGUGGGGGUGAGGCUGUGCAGGAGGGUCAGGGCGUCCACUCUGGGUGGCUGCUCUGUGCCUGACGGCCAUUUUCCUGGUCACCUGGUGGAUGUCAGCGGGGCAGGGACUCUGUCCCAGAGCUACCAGUAUGAGGUAUGUCUGAUGGGCGAUUCUUCUGGGACCAGCGAUUUUAAAUUCUUACAGCCAGUUCUUCCUAGCUCCUUGGCCCAGUCCUCUGGGGAAAAAGUGGUAGAAAAUUCUACCCUCCAGAAUAGUUUUGGAUUUAAUCAUUAUUAGAAAACUACUUAAUAGAUAUGUACUUCCUAAUAUUGUCUUGUUGAUUAGCUGUAUUUUGUACAUCUGUUACUAACAAUUUUAAUUUUCACUCUACUCAUUGGUUUUCAGGUUUAUGCUUAAUGUCAUGGUUUUACUCUUAUUUAUUGCACAGAAUUUCUUCAUAGGAUCCCAGUAAAUGAGAAGGCUUUAUCUGUGCAGUUAAACUGAUUGUUAAAAUUUUUUCUAGCCACUUUGCUUUUGUUAGCUUCAUUAGUUCUGCACAUUUCAUGCCAGCAUUCUGUUACUAGACUUAUUGAAUUAUUAAAAUGUUAUGCUGCUUGUUUG